UAAUUCCACUAAACCCACGGAAUAUUAAGAAUAAUGAGAGUUUCUAGAAAAUGUGAAAUCUGUCGUUUCAUCGGUAUUUUCGAGAAGAAUAAAAAAUCGCGAGUUGGCCGAAUACUUUGCACAUUAUGCGAGCACUGGAGUAUGGGCAGUCACCUGUGUGUAAUCCUCCUAGGACUCAUAGGAACCGUUAAAUUUCCUAUGCUCGGCUUUCAGGUGAUUACGGUACUGGACAUUAUCCGAAUGAUGAAUUAUCAACUCCCUGGAAGGUUUAUGACGCGACGCAGAAGCACAGAUGUUGUCCCAGCAAAUGUCGAACGAGAUCUGAAGCUCAUGACUUCAAUACUGGGUAUUGAGCAUUACACACUCAUAAUGCUGGGGGCUAUGACGGGAUAUCCAAUGCUUCAUACACCAUGGCUUCUUAUGCAGCUGUGCGUUAUUGCCGUUGAGAUUGGAGUUUUUUUAAUACGUCUCAUCUUGGAUGGAUUACACAUCAAGCUCGAUGGCAUACUUUUAGCUAUUUUCACCGUGCACAAUUGGCUCCAGGUCUUUUGUCUAUUUCAUCGGCAAAUCGAAAAUUCAUACCAGUGACUAAUAUCUCACGUUGGGAUUGAAAAAUUAGUCUCGAUUGUAUAUGUUAGCGUGAUCUUCCUUUAUUUCACGAAUUUCUGAGGGAUCAUGGCUGUCACCAGUGGUGAGAUAAAUUUGAAAAAUUCCAAGUCUCAUUUGUCAAGGCGUCAGGAUGAAUCAGUUGGAUGGUACGAGGAAGAAUGAUGGAAUUAACAAUUCGGUAUUGGUGAAUUAUGGCUUUCAGGGGAGAGCAGUCGCGGAGACGAGAACAUGGUACUUGCGAGUUAUGUGUCUUGUGGUUUCUUGUUUGAGUUCAAUCACCUUGGAAGUUGGAGCACGAUCGCCCCUUGGACAUUCGGUGACCAAGGCCACUGCUUUCGGCGCCAUAUUUCGACGGUCUUACAAUGUUAUAAUAAAAAUGACAAUGGGUAGAUUCGUAACAGCGAUGGUAUCAACAUUUUUAUUGACAAUCGGUGAAAAGUACGGAAUGCCAUUUCUUUACUUACCCUGGAUGUUCAAUACACUGACGGGAAUUUUCUUUUACGAGGCACCUACUCUCCUCAGAUGGACGUACAAUCAGAUACCCUACGUUUUCGUUCCGGCCACAACCUUUGCUUUUGUCACUCUCAUUUUAUUUGUGGAACAACUUCUUCACUGGUGUGACGUUUUUGCGAGCUUUAUGGAUGCCUGGGUGGAAUACAUUCAUCGUAAGAGGGCGAGAGGGGUUGAUGAAAUUGGAAAUAUGCAAAAUCACGAGAAAAACGAUGGACUAACUGGGAAAGGGGUAUUGCAUGAAUUGGUAAAUGGAGUAACUUUCAACUCGAAGAAUAUGGCGAGACGUGUUAAAAGUUUAACGAAUCUAGUUCAUACAAAUGAGAAAGAAAAAAAUGGAUAAAUACUUGGCGAAGAAGUGCUGAGAUACUCAGACCCGCGGAGUUUCAAAUACCUUUCAUCUUCAAAGAGAUGGGCCCUUCCUUUUCUACUCCACCGUGUUUUAUUCUCAACUUCUCUGAAAAUAUUUUAUUACUCCUUCGAGAGGUAAUACAACUUCGAAAACAGAGCGUUAGAACAUUUUAUUGGUCAUUUGGACGAGGUAUAAACUAUUUUCACGACUAGAUAAAAUCUGCCAUGAAUUCAAACAUUUUCAAGAAUUCACAAAAUAAGAAUAGUCACAAUUCACCAGUUGUUUUUAACAAUUUAAUUCGUAAAAAGCCUUUUUUGGGAGAACAUUUCAGUACUAGCAAUGAAAAUUUAAUUUAAUCGUUCUCGAUUUUCCCGCCCGGUAAAUUGAAAUGUUCCCACUACUGACGCUUGAAUUUUUUCAGAGACCUUAAAAAACUCGUCUCUAAAAUGUUAAUUUAUUUCCAAAUGAAAUCGAGAUAAAAAUACCUAUAACAUAAACGGAUUCCACAUACGCUAUAUCUUUAUCCUAUAAAUGAGAGUCCAUCUGAAUGCUCACAUGAUCAAAUAUGUGCAAAAGCUUCGAGAAUUUAUAAAUUAAUAAAAUGAACGUCCAGUAGAAAUUCUCAUCAAAUAAAGCUUGAAAAU